GGAGAGCCUUGAUGGGGUACGACUCUGUGUCUCUCUCAGCCAAUCAGCGCUGUGGGAAAUUUUUAGAUCCGUGACUAGUGGUGUUAAAAGAUCGUAACCCUUGAGUAACUUUUAGUGGUGUAAACUUGAGGUAUUGUGAACGUUUGUGGCGAGUUGGUGCGGCGUGGGAUACGAACCUGGCUGUGAGAGAGACGAACAGCCAGAUAACCAGUCAGGAGUGUGAUGGAGGAGGGUGAGGAGAUAUGCGUCCUGUAGGCCGCUGCCACACCACCUCCAUGAGCCACACCACCACCAGGGAUACGUGGGCCCCUGGUACAGCGGUGGUGGCGCUGUACCCCUUCUCAGGGACCUCAACCGAAGAUCUGCCCUUUGCCAAGAUGGAGAGAUUGACCAUCGUGCACUCCACCAAUGACCCCAACUGGGUAAAGGCACGCAACAGGGAAGCUGAUGAGGGUAUGAUUCCAACCUCCUAUGUGAGGCAGGAGCCCAAGAAGGAGGUGAAGCUGAACACCAGGGCGUGGUUCCAUGGGAAGAUAAGUCGAGACGAGGCUGAGACGCUGCUGAAUCCCCCUGAGGACGGCCUCUUCCUGGUGCGGGAGUCCACUAACUUCCCUGGCGACUAUACACUAUGUGUGUGCUUCGAGGGAAAGGUGGAGCACUAUAGAGUAAUCUACAAGGACCACAAGCUCACCAUAGAUGAAGAGGAGUACUUUGAGAAACUGACUAAGCUGGUGGAGCACUACCAGCAGGAUGCCGAUGGUCUCUGCACUCAGCUGAAGCGAUCUGUCCCCAAGCAGGGCAACCGCGAGUAUGAGAUAGAGCCCGUCAAGGCAUUUGAGGAUGCUGGCUGGAUCAUCAACAAGGCAGACCUGCAGAUGCUUGACUCUACCAGCAUAGGCAAGGGUGAGUUUGGAGAUGUAGUGCUUGGGGAGUGGAAGGGCAACAAGGUGGCUGUGAAGAGACUCAAGGACAGCAGCAAGGCAGCGCAAGGACUGUUGGACGAAGCUUGCCUCAUGACGAGUUUAAAAGAUAAAAAUUUAGUGAGUCUGCUUGGCCUUGUGUUUGAUGACAACUGCAUCCUGCUGGUGACAGAGUACAUGAGCAAAGGCUCCCUGGUGGACUACCUGCGCUCCAGAGGCAGACUGCAUGUCACCAAGCGGGACCAGAUCAAUUUUGCCUGUGACACCUGUAAUGGCAUGAAAUACCUCGAGUCACAGAAGGUGGUGCAUCGAGACCUGGCAGCCCGAAAUGUGCUGAUCAGCGAGGAGAAUGUGGCCAAGGUGUGUGACUUUGGACUGGCCCAUGGAAUGGAGAUCAAGCUGGAUGGUGGAAAGUUUCCCAUCAAGUGGACAGCUCCAGAAGCUCUGAGGCACAGUAAAUUUUCCAAUAAAUCUGACAUGUGGUCCUUUGGAAUUCUUCUGUGGGAGAUCUACUCAUUUGGCAGAGUUCCUUAUCCACGCAUUCCUCUAGCAGAUGUGAUGAAGCACGUUGAGAAAGGCUACCGCAUGGAGGCCCCAGACUGCUGUCCUGCUGAAGUGUACCAGCUCAUGAAGGAGGCGUGGGAUCUGGACCCUGAGAAGCGGCCAAGUUUCGACGAGGUGUCAAAGCGCCUGUCUCAGCUGCACCUCACCACCCUGACAUGACCGGGCCCGGGCGCCUAAGUGAAUUCAUAUGGUGCCAAUCAUAGUUGAAGAUGAUAGCUCCAGUGUAGUGUUCAAGUUGUAGCAAAGGAAAUUAUACGUAUCAUGCCAGUUAGAGUGUUUGCGUGUUGGUAUGCAUGUGUGUGAGAGAGAGAGGGAGAGAGGGAUCAAAUGAUUGUAAUGGAAGUAGUGGGAUAUCAUUUUUCUUUGUUUCUUUUUCUUAUUUUGUAUUUUUGUAUCAGCGUCGCUCCAGCACACCCACCCCCACCAUGACGCUUUGCUGGACACGGCGCCUCGUCAUGUCAAAAAUGUAACUAAGCAAAAUACAAAAACUUGUCAGGAAUUACAGCCCAGGACACCACCGGUCCCUCCACACCACCACCCACGCCCACCAGCCAGCCAGCCAGCCAACAGCACCCUGCUCACCCAUCAUCAUGUCCCAAGUGAGAGUGUUGUGUCUGCAGCACUGUCAGCAUGCCUCAGUUCCCCGGAUGAUGGCAGGCGUGGUGGCCAUGUGCUGCUGCAGCAUAUAUGUUGCUGUUUCAUGUCCAGGCCUCUUGUUGCUUCCAGAGAUGUGCAAUGUAUCAAUGUGUAACUCUUUGUGCAUUACGUUGAGGUCGUUACUGGGUGCUUGUUCUCACAUUCUCACAUGCAAUUGUUUGUGUGUGUGCGUGUGUUUGCACAUGUCUUAUUUUAUAGUAUGGGGAGGUUAUGUUGGGUUGAGUUGAGAUGGGACAUGAUGGGUUGGUUAGGGAGGGACAGGGCUCGUGUGUGAGAAGUUAUUUAGUGUUUUGUUUGUAGUUGUUUACUGUAUGUUCUGUGGUAUGAAAUGUGGAGUGUGAGAGGAAUUAUGAGAGAAGCAUAGUUGAGGAUGUCAAGAAGAGUGCAUCAAGAGAGUAUGUCAUAUGAGACAUCAUGAAAAUAUCAUUGUAUCAAAAAGUAUACAGUGUAGGAUUAUUACCAAAUGCAUCAAAAAUAUAAAUUUCACAUGAUCCAAUGAAAAAAUGGCAUAAAAAAAAAUAAUAAAGGAUCUGUUAUGUGUGACAUUGCUGAAAA